CUGAUAGCACGGUGGGUCGGUAUGGUAUGGUAAAGGCCGGGUAGAUGAAGGUAUCUCAACGUAUGACUUGCCAUGCAAGCCCUAAGACAUCCUCUAAGAACUAGGAUCUUCGUUUGUUUGACCAACCAACCAACAAAAGCUCUACCUCUCCCCUCAACCCCGUUCUCCCCUUCUUCCUUUGUUUCGUUUUUCGAUUUUUUUUUUUUCUUUUUUUGUUUCCCUUCUCUUUUUCUCUUAUCACACAUUCAAAUUGUCUUUCUCGCUCCUCCUACUCUCGCUUCUAUUGUGCUACAGCAAUGAUUCUGCUUCUCCUCGGCUUGUCGGUCCUCGCCUACCUGGCCUGGAGCCUGGUGGCUAUGGAGCUUAACUACCGUCGCGCAUCGUCCAUGGAGAUUCCCUUAGUGCGCCUGUGCAUCGACCCCCAGAACCUGCUCUGGACAGUCAUUGAGCCUCAUCUCUGGCCGUGGCUUGACCGGCUGCCAAUCAACUGGGGCAAUUUCGGUCGCUAUUCUCGCCGAGGGUGGUUUUUUGCCGACAAAGGCGAGUCUCACCGUCGCUUUGGGCCGAUUUUCGCAAUAGUCACGCCUCGUGAGAUAUACAUUCAUGUCGCCGAUUCGGAAGCCGUUCACGACAUGUUCCAGCGACGAACUGAUUUCAUCCGCCCAAGUCACAUGUACAAGGUUCUCGAAGUCUAUGGCCCUUGUAUCUCCACAGCUAGCUGGACGGAUUGGCCGCGUCACCGGAAAGUGCUCGCCACUCCCUUCAACGAGGGGGUUAUGUCCUUUGUGUGGGAUGAAAGUGUAGAACAAACCCGUCAGAUGCUGGAUGUCUGGGCCGACCCGCAGCUUGAUCAGAUCCCUAGUGUCGCAAAGGACACCCGCACUCUAUCCCUGAACGUGCUCGCGGCCACGGGGUUCCGCAAAUCAUAUUCCUUCCGGAGUGCCAAUGACCGCCAGCAGAGCGACCAGAGCGACUCGGGGAGCUAUCGCGAUGCGUUACAGACCGUGCUCGACAAUUGCAUUUUGCUGAUGCUCAUGCCGCGCAGACUCCUGACGCUCUCAAUUGCGCCUGAGUCGUGGCAUCAUCUUGCCAAGGCCGCCACAGAUUUCAAGAACUACAUGGUCCGUAUGCUGAACGAGGAGACCAAGGCAUUGAAUGAGGGACAAGCUGGCACGGGCGGCCUCAUGACGUCUUUCGUGCGCGCCAUGGAUCUCAAGCAGAAGGAGGAUGCAAAGGGCAAAAGAAGCGGCUCGCCGCCAAAAGGACUGACUGUGGAUGAGAUAUUCGGCAAUAUCUUCGUAAUAAACUUCGCUGGCCACGAUACGACGGCCAAUACGCUGAGCUUUGGAAUGCUUCUUUUGGCCGCAUAUCCGGAAGUUCAGGAUUGGGUAUCUGAGGAGCUACAAUUGGUUGGAGAUACGAAGGGCCAUUAUGCUGAUCUCUUCCCGAGACUUAAUCGCUGCAGAGCCGUUAUGCUUGAAACCCUCCGCCUCUUUCCCCCAAUACCUUCCAUACCUAAGUGGACCAACGACCAGCCCCAACCACUGAAAGUUGGAGAUAAAACUGUAGUUAUUCUGCCAAAUAUCGGCGUUGCCCCAGGGAUCCUUGCCCUUCAUGUCGAUUUCAGGUAUUGGAAAGACCCAUUCACAUGGAAGCCCUCUCGGUGGAUCACGGCAUCAACAAGUCCGAAUGCGACAAGUACAAUCGAAAGCGAGCAAGUCAUCACCCCGCCGCGGUGCAUGUACUUGCCCUGGUCAGAAGGACCACAGAACUGCCCCGGCAACAAAUUCUCGCAGGUGGAGUUUGUCGCGGUGAUGGCGAGUCUCCUGCGUGACCAUCGAGUGCACGCAAUAUCGAACCGAGGAGAGUCGGCCGAGGAGACCCGCGCGAGGAUUCUGGCCACUACGAGAGAUGUGGAUUUGCAGCUACUUCUACGGAUGAAGGAUGCCGAUCGGGUGCGUUUGGUGUGUCGACGUACUUAAGAAGUGAUUUGAUAUUUGUGUGCUGUUCAUUCUUGUAUUAUAUUGAAGAAAUAGUCCUCACUCUAUGAAUGCCGUCACUCUCGGUGUAGAUUUGUCCUUCGUAC